AUGCGCGUGUGGAGCCGCUCGGCCGACGCCGUGCCGGCGGUCGCCCAUUUGACAGCCGCCGGCGGAGUACGGCCCAGGCGUCACAUUUCGUCCUGCUCAGCUGGCCAGAGCCCCAGUCUCGCCAGACGAAGUCUCAACUCGGCGCCAGCCGGACCACACGACGCUCGGCCGCACCACUCACGCCUCGACGUCACCGCGCCUCCACACGCCAACACUCUAGCCCAAACGCAUACACACACGCCGUCGACGUUUCGUCAUCCGCCGCCCGCGGCCCUUUUGCUCGUUGCCCCAUUCUGCCUCGUCAGUUGUGCUCGCCGCACUCGCGGCUCGACUGCUCGACAGAAAUGUCCACAGCCAACGUCUGACACUGGCGUGUGUCUGCCCCCGUGUGCGUGUAUGUGUGUGCCCGUGCACAGCCUCGCUGGCCCGCCGGGCCUCUUGCCCGCCUGA